CGGGGGUGAUUGGGGGGAGGCGGAGUCACGGCACUUCUGCCAAGGCCGCCAUUUUUUCACAGGGAAAAGAGACAGGAGUGAAGGGAUCUAGUUUCUAACUGUCGGUACAGACAGGGACAAAGUUAUCGGGUCUUAACAAACUAAAAUCAUGCGUUUGAAUUAGAGGAGCACGGGGCACGCGAGGAGCAAUUCAAGUGCAAAACUGUGCCGCGAUUUGAAAAGCGUUGCUACACAUCCGCAGUGGAGAGCGGAGUAUUGUUUUGGUUGUGUAGUAGAUCAGGCAGCGGGGUCUCAGCCGAGUUCCCUGUGUCUUCAUUCACAGUUAUAACAGUGGACAGCAACGGCAUUGUGGAUGCACUUAGAUGUGUGCAAUGAGUGCUGUGGCUGACAUGUCUCAGUGUUUUGGAUUGCUGUGCUCUGGACUCAGUAGGACAAGAGACUCCCAGCACAGAACGUCAUGAGCAUAGCCAUCCCAGUUGGGGUGGACACGGCCAACACCUCUUACCUGGAUAUGGCUGCAGGCUCAGAACCAGAAUCUGUGGAGGCGAGCUCUGUGGUAGUGGAGAAGUCCAGCUACCCUCACCAGAUUUACAACAGCAGCUCCCACCACUCCCACGGCUACAUCGGUCUGCCUUACGCCGACCAUAACUAUGGGGCGCGACCCCCACCCACCCCGCCAGCAUCCCCACCUCCCUCUAUGCUGAUCCGGCCUGGCGAGGGUCUGUUUGUGUCUGGGGGUCGGGCAGGCGAGGGCUUGUUUGUGCCGGGCGGGCAGGACGAGGCGUCCCGUGGCACCACGCUCAGCACCUCGGAAGACGGCAGCUACGGUGCUGACAUCACACGCUGCAUCUGUGGCUUCACCCACGACGACGGCUACAUGAUUUGCUGUGACAAGUGCAGUGUGUGGCAGCACAUAGACUGCAUGGGGAUCGACCGGCAGCACAUUCCCGAGACCUACCUGUGCGAGCGCUGUCAGCCACGCACCCUGGACCGAGAGCACGCCAUCCUACUGCAAACCAGGAAGAGAGAGAACAUGUCUGAUGGGGACACCAGUGCUACCGAAAGCGGAGAUGAGGUUCCGUUAGAGCUGUACACAGCGUUUCAGCACACCCCAACCAGCAUCACACUCACCACAGCUCGUCUCGGCAACAAACCGGCUGAUAAGAAACGCAAGAGGAGUGGUGAAAAGGAGCCCUCAGUGACUUCCAGGGCCAAGAAGUCAUUCCGUGAAGGUUCUAGAAAAUCAUCUAGAGUGAAGGGCUCAGCUCCCGAGUGUGAGCCGGCGGAUCCCCCCUCUCUAUGGGAGAAUAAGAUGAAAUCAUGGAUGGAGCGUUACGAGGAGGCCAGCAGUAACCAGUACAGUGAAGAAGUGCGGAUACUUCUCCGAGUCAAAGAGGCUCGAGAUGGCAAGACGCUGGCAUACAACACUCACACUGCAGCCUUUAAACCACCUGUAGAGAGUCACAUACAGAAGAACAAAUGCAUUCUGAAGGCUGUGCGGGACUUAGCUGCUGACUCGCUCAUAAUCGAAUACCGGGGGAAGGUCAUGCUACGACAACAGUUUGAGGCCAACGGUUACUUCUUUAAGAGGCCAUACCCUUUUGUAUUGUUUUACUCUAAGUUUGACGGUUUGGAGAUGUGCGUGGACGCACGGAGCUUUGGAAAUGAGGCCCGAUUCCUUCGCCGUUCUUGCACCCCCAAUGCUGAGGUGCGGCACGUCAUUGAGGACGGAAUGCUGCAUUUAUAUAUUUACUCUCUGAGGUCUAUCUCCAAGGGUAGCGAGAUCACCAUUGGCUUUGAUUAUGACUACGGCGACUGUAAAUAUAAGGUGGACUGUGCAUGUGUGAAAGGCAAUCAGGAAUGCCCUGUGCUCAAGCAUAACCUGGAACCCACGGAGAAUCUGGGCUCCAGCACACGACGGCGUUGCCGUAAGGACAAAGAGCCACCACAGGACGAGAGCGGACAGAACCAGAACCUCACAAUGGAUUGUGACGGGCCUAAUGGGAAAUCGCUGCAUGACGGCAAACAGAGGAAGCUUUCUCCGUUACGCCUCUCAAUAUCUAACAAUCAGGAUCCUGAGUUAAUAGAGGAUCUAGAAGAGAAAACCUCCAUUAGCAAUGAAGUAGAGAUGGAGUCAGAGGAGCAAAUUGCAGAAAGGAGGAGGAAGAUGACACGCGAAGAGAGGAAGAUGGAGGCAAUUCUGCAGGCAUUUGCUCGGAUGGAGAAGAGAGAGAAAAGGCGAGAGCAGGCGUUGGAAAGAAUUGGCACUAAGGGGGAGAUUGGUGGGCGCAGCGAGAUUAAGGAAGAGCUUCCUGCCACACCAGAGGCUGAAUCUCCUGCUUCGUUACAGCCCAUGGUAGAGGUGGUAAAGGAGGAGCCAUGUCUAAAGCCUGCAAAGGUGUGCCGUAACAAACAGAGGAAAAGCUUCUCACGGAACCGCACGCACAUUGGACAGCAGAGGCGACGAUCACGCACCGUUAGUGCCUGUUCGGACUUGCCGCCCAGUUCCCCAGGCGAUGCUUUGGAGCCUUUAAUGGUAGAAACUCAUGAAGGAGAGACGCCAGCCGUCUCCGAGACUGAAGUUCCACCAUCACAUGUCCCUGACACAAGCCCACCCCACAGCGGCUCAACCACCCCAACAUGCCGCAGUGGACAGAAGUACCCCAAAACUAAAAAGCAGCACUUAGUGAGCGAGUGGAUAGGUGGUGACAAACAGGAGCGGGGAGCUUCACAGACACCGGAGCCUCCUCCAGAGAGACCGCUGAGGAUCAGCAGUGACCCUGAGGUCUUGGCCACGCAGUUGAACUCGCUGCCAGGAAUGGCCUGCAGCUCACACAUCUACAGCACGCCCAAACACUACGUCCGCUUCUCGUCUCCGUUUCUAGCCAACCGCAGCCCUAGCACACCUGGAGUUCCCACGGGUCGACGGCGCUCACGAGAACUGCCCGAAACACCAACCACAACUGGCUCUUGCAAGAAGCGCUGGCUAAAGCAAGCUUUAGAAGAGGAGGGCUCCACCAGCCCAGGAGGAGGGCGACCAGCUCUGCUGAUGCCCAGUGAGAGCCCUCUCAGCCCUUCUAUCAACGGGGAGUCCUGUAGCCCUCUACCCUUUUAUAACGGCAGUUGCUCAUUACCAGAGUUGCCUACACCAUUGAAGAAACGGCGCUUAUGUUCGAUCGAUCCUUGUAUGUCAGAGAGUUCGUCCCCAUACGGGUCUCCCUGUGCCACCCCAACCCGAACAGAGUCAACAGAUGCACCAGGCACGCCCCUGCUGCUAGCCACGCCUCCUCGACCACGCCCAGAGGAACCCAGUACUGAGCCCUCGACACCCUUGCAGAUUCCCACCCACCCUCUACCACCGGAGAGUGAGUCAUCUAUGGACAGCUCUCCAGAUGGUUGCCGAAGGCCUAGCACACAAGAUGACGAGCACCCUCCUUCAUUGUUGGCGUCUCCAAGCAUGAGGACCACAAGUCUUGAUACUGCUCCACAGGAGUCUACAAAACCUGCAGGGUCCCAGAGUCCUCCACCCUCCCUUGCUGACCCCCAGGAUGGAGCAGGAGAUGAAGGCUUGGAGGUCGAGGGUGCUGCUUCAGAUGCUGCAUCAACAUCUGAGACACCAACAUCCUCUUAUCCCCCCUGGAUGAAGAGUCCAGAGCGAGGUGGCCUCUCGUUUUCCUCUGUGAACUCUAAUCUGAGAGACCUCACGCCCUCUCACACCUUAGAGAUGGGGGCAUACAGGCCGGAUUCAACCUCUGCCAGCCCCUUCAGUGAGACAGCGCCCUUCUAUUCCUGCAGUGAGGAAAGCAGUGGCGUGACUUUCACACGCUCACUGAGUGCUGAUGGUACAGGGGAGGGAGGCGCUGCAAAGAACCCACAGAAGAAAAAGGUCUCUCUUCUGGAGUACAGGAAACGUCAGCGUGAGGCUCGGCGAAGUGGCUCAAAGGGAGAGUGUAGCUCACCUGUUUCCACAGCACCACCAGUGGAUGUGUUUCCUGUUGCUGUGGAAAUUGCCCCUGAGCCACCACCUCCUGCCACAACACCGACCCCGAGGACCCCUCAGCCUAGUGAGGAACCAGACACCCCACCUCAGGGAGAGAGAGAUGGAGAAGGCCAGUGGACAUCUUCCACAUCAGUGGAGCAGGCCAGGGAACGCAGCUACCACAGGGCCUUAUUGUUGAGUGACCAUCGCAAGGAUACAGACAGUGGAGAGACAGAGGGUGGGGACGUCCAGAUGAAGGAAUGUCCUUCACCCAAAACCUGCAAGAGCCCUUCAGCACAUGCACCCUGUUCUCCAGCACCCCAGACGGUUGCUCGCCCAUCAAAGGAGGAAGACAGUGAAGCUCAGCCUUCUGGUCCUGCUCAACCCCUAGCACUGUCCAUCCAGCAGUCCAGCAAUAAGAACCCAAGCUCCAAACCGGCCGCUCUGACACCCAGCAAGCUCCACAGUGGUUCCCAGAGUCACUACGCUGGAUCUUCACUCAUGCACUCUCCCAAAGCGCAGCCCCAAGGUUCACCUUACCGCGGCCAGCGAGCCUUCCUCACAGCUCCGCCUCAGAACCAGCCUCAAUCCCAGGCCACAUCAGGCCCGGCUACUUUCCCUCAGUUCAACCCCCAAAAUACCCCACCGCCUCCGCCCCCUCCUCCCCCAGCACCACCCACCUCUUCUUCCUACUUCCCUGCGCAGCCAACUGCAACUUCUACGCCGUUUCCUGCAUUCAAACCAGCUGUGGCCUCACCUUUUCCUCCUGGCUCACAACCUCUCCUGCAGCCACAUCAUGCUUUGCAUUACCAAAGCAGUGCUGCCCCGCCACCACCACCCCCUCCUCCGCCACACCCGCAACCUGGCCCCGCUUUGCUGCAUGUCAAUCUACAACCUCCUCCAAUGGCGCAGCACCAGCUGCUGCUGAGCUCUGCCCCACCCCCUCCUCCGCCACCACCGCCUCAGGGACAGAGUUCCCAGCAGCCCCCACCAACUAGUGGCACGCUUUUGUCAAUCAAAACAGGACCACACCCACCUCCUCCCCCAGCGCCCUCUAGUAGUGCGCCACACCCAUUCCAGAGCAUGGGUGGCUUCCAAACCACUCUACUUCACCAAUCAGCACCAACCAAUCCCUCAGUAACCCCUUCCACCUAUCAACAAACUGUAUUACCCCCACCCCCUCCUCCACCACCCCAACAAACUCCACCCACACUGACCCCGCCCAAUCCAAAUGUCUCACAGAUCGUCGGCAGUAACAGAGGACCCGCCCCUUCGUCCGCCCCUUACCACAACGCCGGAUAUAUGGGCACAGGAUGGCACUGACCACACCCAUCUAAAUCCCCGGACUCACUCUAAGAGAGGGGAGGAGCUACACCGUGUAACAUAGGCAACACAGCAUCACUGUAAAUAUUUUCUAUGUACCUUUUCAAUAAGGCUAAUGGAAAACGUCGGGGGGGGAAAGGCUACAUUUUAAAAAAGAAAAAUGAGAAACUGUAAAACAAAACUGUGUAAAAGAUGAUGGUCAAUGAACCUUGAACCACUUGCCCUAAACCCGCUACAUCUUCUUCCCAUAACCUUGUACUGCCAUCCUGUCUUUUCCAGAUGUCUUUUUUUUUUUUUUUUUUUUAUGUUGUUAUUCAUUUUAAUCUCCUUUUCCAGUCUCCUUUGCAAUGCAAUGGGACAUUCCAGGUUCAUCCACAACUUUCCCUACUUUUCCUGUUCUCUCUGUUUUUUCUCUCAUCAGUUAUUUGUUUUAUCUAGUGGCUCAUUAUAUAGCAAAAAGUUUUGUAUAGAGAAAAAAAAAAUACAGAAUUAUUAUUUUUUUUAUUCCUCCAUGUAACAAAAAUAUCUGUGGACCGCUGCAGAAAUUCAGAAGAGACCUUUCCAGUAGGCCACUUCACUGCCCUGGGAGAGACUGCACUUGUGUGAAUGAUUGAGUGUCUGUUUUUAAGUGGAAGGGAGCGUGUAUGCUUGAGUGCCAUCCGUGUCCAUGCGCAUAUUUGACAUGUGCUAAAGAGGCGGAAGGUAUAUACAGUGCAGACAGUUACGUGCUGUUCUCUAAGGCACCUUUAGGGAGCGAGGUCCUUCCUGUAGGCAUUAAGCAGCUUAUUUUUGAAUAUCAAUGGUUAUUUGUAGAAAGUGUAAUUUAAUGUAUAGGUGGUUACUCCAGCUUUCUCCAGAAACAGUUGUAAAUAUUGGCUUCUUUUCUUUUCUAUGCUUGUAUAAUUCGCUCCCAUCCCCAUUUUGGAAUAUGGUUGUAAAUAUAAGCGCUCUUGGCUUAAAAGCUGAAUGUUUCUGUGAUCGUAGCACUAUUUUUAUUUCUUCCUCUAGUUUAUUUUUACUGUUUUUGUGUGUAUGUGUGUGUGAAGAACAGAGGUUCACAGACACAGCACUGGUUGGCUAUUUUCAUGGUUCAUUAUAAUAAAUCACUGUAAUGACAGUUUUAUACCAACCAAA